AUGACACCAAAACCCAUUCACCAGUUAGCCAUGUUCAGCUCCGAAAAGACACGGGAAUUGUCUCAUCUAGACAUCGGCGACGUUGUUGCGUUUAGGAUUUCAGGUGCACACGGAGAUGCCCUCCGUUGGACCCUCAGCAGCGUCCAAUCCUUUCAGCUCAAUACGGAUCUCGAGCUCCGUUUAUGGGAAAAGCGGCGGGAGCCCUUGAAGGAAAGCGACAUCCCCAAUAUUCCCGAGGCUCAGGAGCUCUUGAUUCGUCUCAACCACGUGAAAGUGGAGACCCAAACGCACAUAAAGGCGGCUGAUUUGCUUAUUAAACAAUUACGCAGCAGCCGGGUCGAGUUGAUGCGUCUUUUUGAGGUCGUGGAUGCUCAUGUGUUGAAGUCCAAGGUCGCGAUCGAGGCGACUUGCAAGGAUGUGGAAAAAAUACGCGAUUUUAACUGGAAUGAGUUGAAAUCAUACCGGACUCCUCCCAAGGCGGUACUACUUGUAGUUCGUGCGGUGAUGCUUCUCCUGUCGGAGGACGAGGCCCGUACAUGGGUCCAGAUGAGGCGUAUUCUACAGGAUGGCAAUUUCAUACACCGCAUCAUUUAUUUCGAUCCCGAGCGACAGCUCUCGCCAAAUCGCUGCGAUUAUAUUCUGCAGGAAUGUAUAAGCCGGAAGGGCUUCAACCAUGAGGAUGUGCUGAAAGGCAGCGUCGCGUUGAGCCCCAUCUACUAUUGGGUAUUGGCCCAUUUAGAUUAUCGAGAUGCCUUAACCCAAAGAGAUAAGGUUAAACAGGUGAAUCAUGACUUAUUAGAAGAAUAUCUUGCCUUGUUAAAUAAUCUCAACCAGGAAGAAGUUCACAUUGCUGAGCUUCAGGCGACUGAGGAGAAACUGUAUUGUCAGCUUCGAUUUUGUCUGCUGAACUCAACAUCCAACCCUAAUGAUGAGAAAACCCAUCACCACCACUCGAGUGAUGAUAUCGCUACCCACCGCUAUGAAAACAGCUUUGCCGGGAAGUCGAAGCGGGCGUAUUUACUGCCGGCCUUUUAUCGGUGGGAGCCGACGGAUCGCGUGACCUUCAUCCCCUGGGAAAACUUCCUCGUCGAUUUCGGCUCCCCCCUUUCGAGGGUUGGGGCCGGUGAGGACUAUUUUCUGUCGGAAUUUCAGAUCGGCGCACUGGAUGUCGCGCUCACAACAGGUUUGCACAAAUCCAUCACCCCGGAUCAUAAUUCGCAGCCCGCGUUGAAGGGCUCGGUUUCGCUAUCGCGCCACUCCACGAAGUUCACGGAUCGUUUUCAGCGCAGAAUUAAGGGCAAACGAUGGAAGGACAUAAUCACCCGGAGACGUAAUGAUAUUGAACAGGCUCUUCGCGAGGACACUGCAAGUUGUUUGGAAUUAUCCACAGAGAGCAUCACUGUUGUCGAUCUCCGACUAGGGAGUCUUAUCGCCGAUCUUGACAUCCUACACGACCGCUCACAAAAGCGGGAGGCGAUUCAGAAACGCAUAAACUCCUUUGACUACCAGGCUCUGAUGAAGAUUUAUGAGGAUGAGAAGGAGGCCACGGGGGUCGAGGAAGGUCUAUCAUCUAAUCUCCAGAUUAAAGAUGACCCUCCUCGAAACCAGGUGGGGUUUGCCGGUGAGCUCUGGGGUGAGUUGCUUCUGAAGUAUCCCACUUCUCUGAUGAGCAGCUUCCUCAAGGAUAUCAGUGACGCCACGGCGGUAGAGCAGGACAAAUUCGAGAUUUUAGACAUCCACUGCGAUGAGGAAGAUCACCUCAUAGUGUGUUAUAUCAUCACCGAUUACAACAUCGAUGCCGCGGAAGUGGAUCGUGCAUGCAAGGCGUGUGCAUUCCACUACACCUGGGAGCUGUAUCGUCGACAUAGUGACAUCCGAAAAAGGGCAUCCGCCGUAUUAUCAUCGCCUGAGAUAUCCCUAGCAUUGAAUGCGAACAAAGACACCAGCACAAUGCAUCAUUCGCAGGAUGUCACCAUUGAGAUGGAAAGGCUCCAAGGGAAAGACCGAAUCAAUUCCUUGCAAGAAUCCGAGCACCCUCUUUCAUUGAACGACAAUAUGAUGAUUUCAGAUGGUAUUGUGGAUCCUGUAUCUUCACUGGAGACCUCAUCGUACCCUACCGCGACCUACAAUGGUAGCGAUACAAUCUACGUGAAGAAUUUCGAAGGCCAAUACUGGCGUGCCGCCCUCAACACCGCAUCUUCGGCUUUCACGAAGGCUUUUCGCACCGAUACGGCGUCUGCGCUUGGUAUAUCUCCCCGGGAGAUCAAGAUCCAUGAAUUCACUCACAUGUCGGAUCGCCUACAGGCGCGGUUUAGCGUGUCCGCACACGGGAUUUCCCCUCAAUCCGUAUGGUCCACAAUCAAUACCUUUGAGUACCCAGAAGUAUGGGCUUUAUAUAAUCAGUUUGUCUAUCGUCAGGAAACCUCUGUUCGUCAGUUCACGCAAAUCUUCAAUGGCGAGGAUUGGCCUGCGGUGCUGGUAAGUCGGAAAACGGAGUUCGAGGAGGCUUUUGUGCGAGACGUCGGUGACGCCAUGGGGCCUUCCCCGGUGGCAGUCACUGUCCGAGAUGUCUCAGCCGAAACGCAGUGCGCUGUGGUUCAUUACGAGGUGACCUUGGAAGGCGUUUUCGCGCGGGAUGUGGACGACGUACUCCGGGAUUAUCCCUUUCCCAACGUCUGGGCAUGGUACCACCAUCUAAGGAAGAACCUGGUGCGAGAGCCCAACGCGCAGGGUGGCUCUGCCGUCCUGAGGGAGCGCGAUAGGCUUGUACAUUUCUUCGAGGGGGAAACCUGGGGUGACAUCGUGAUGCGGUAUCGCUCCAAGGUUAAGGCUGCGUUCAAGGCGGACAAAGCCGUGUGCCUAACAGCUAAAGUCGGUAACAUAUUAAUUCACUCCAUUGAAACGACCGUUGAUGGGGUUAACAUAGUUUACAGCCUGAAGGGUGUAAAACGUACGCGUCUUGAGGUUGAGAAGAAAUCAGAGGCCUAUGAUUAUCCCAAGAUGUGGGCUCUUUACGAAACGUCGUGGGUCGUAACGCAUCACCGGGUGGUAUUCGAGGGUGAGGGCUGGGGCUCUGUUUUGGAAGGCCGUGAACCCCAGUUUGAGGCCGUAUUCGCUGCCUGCACGGCGAAACUUUUCGAUUUGAAAACACAACAUGUGCUGAAUACAGAGUUCAUCAUUGGUAGCCUUAUUGUGAAGUUUGACUUGAACCACCUGCAUUCGCUAACUACGGAGGAGAUAGAUCAGAAGCUUAUGAAGUGCCAGUAUGAUCCCUUGUGGGCAAUAUACCGCGAGCAUGUAUCUAGUUCAACAGAGCAACUAGUGGCCACCACACAUACCUUGGGUUUUGAGGGUGAGCAUUGGAAUGAAGUUGUAAAUGAUCAGGGUUCGAAGUUGCACGAGGCACUCUACCUAGACUCUUCGGAGGCCCUGGGGUUUCCCAGGGAGAAUAUUGAUGACAUGCAGAUGGACUUAACGAACGGUAUGUUGAAAGUGCAGCUUACAAUGUACCACCCAGCGUCACAAACUGAAAGCGAUAUUGAUCAUAUGCUUUCUUUGUGGGGAUAUGAGCGCGUUUGGAGUCUAUACAUGGUGGUCUUUCCUAAUUCCACAGAGCAGUUGCCACCAGUAUUACCCCCCGCUGCUUUCAACACAGUGCAUUUGCAGACUUCCUCAUUAACAAGACACCUGAAAGGCGAAUUUCGAAGUAUCUCUUGCCUCAACAGAAUUGGUGUUGGGGAAGUGGCGUAUGUUUCUGGAGGGGUAUUAUAUAUCCGUUCCAUUAACAGCCCGCAAAGUAAUUGUGCCUGGUGUAGUCGAACGGAUAAUUCGUUAAUAGAGCCUUGGAAUCAAUAUUGCAAUAGUUCCUCUCUCAAACCUCAGUCACACAUUGAGAGUAAAGCUAAUGGGGAAGUUUUUACAACAGCCACGGUGGGUAAUUUCAGAGCAAGAAGUGGCGUAGUCGGCGUUACGCAGCGUGACUUUGGCUCUACCGUGUGCGAUGUUCGUAAUUCUGACAAACUAAUAUGUUCCUUCGAGGACACGAAUUGGAAUAUCUGGCUUAACGGAUCCGCAUCAAGUAGUCAAACUUCACUAUUUAUUGAUUUAACUAUUAUUUUUCAAGGCAACGGAUGGGACUACGUCAUCCGGAAUCGAUAUACCUUUCUCAAGAAUUUCCUUUCUGAGGAGGUCGCCCGCGCGCUUGGUAGCAUUCCGAAUAAUGCAAUCUGCGAGGUAAACUUUGUCAUGAAUGAGGACCAGGAUAUGAUUGUGUGGUUCCGACUCCCAAAGGUUGCUGUGGCAGACUUUAGUGAGUCGAAUAUUCAGAUCCGGCUGAAUACUUACCCCUAUCGCAAGGUUUGGUCUUUAUACAACAUGACCCCCACGGCAGAGGCGAUGGUGAAUGCGAAUGAUUCUCUGAUGUCAACGCCUAUUAUAUCAACGCACCAUAUCGGGUUUGAGGCUUCCAACUGGGAGUUUAUUGACUGGCUAAGGCACGACGAGAUUGUGGACGUGGCUAGACAGGAUACGGCCCGGGCCGUUCAUCUUCAGCUGGACGAUGUGGACGUCGGCGACGUGGGCUUACACCCCAAUUUGUUAUCUAUACGGCUUCAAUUGCGGCAUAGUGCGAGGGUCAGCUCCGCUGAACUGAAUGAAAGAAUUCUCCAACAUGACUACGCGGCGAUCUGGCGGCUUUAUGACGAGGUCCCUGAGGGGGGGUGGGAAUCCAUGGUGCAUGUGAAGGUCUUUGAAGGGGACCAGUGGGGCCCGGUGGUGGCUUCCAACGGGGGAUCGCUCGCAGAGGCUUUCCGCACGGGAAUCAGUCGCUGUUUGCAGAUUCCACGCGCUUGUAUUACGGUUGCGAAUCUCACCGUGGGAAGUUUGGUGAUUGAGUACACGGUGCGCAGUACGCUAAGCGAUGCCGCUAUACGGGAACGGACCGCGGCGUAUUCACAUCCGGAGGUGUGGUCUUUUUAUGGUUAUUCACACGGUGAAAAUGCUGUCAGUCUGGAUUUGGGCUUAGCAGGUGAUUCCAAUAAUCUACAGCACAUAUUCAAAGGUAAAAACUGGGGUGUGUUAGUUUGUCGGAGAUGGAAUACACUGCAGAACCUUUUUGUACAAAAAACCUCUCAUAUUCUUAGGGUUCCCAGCCAUCAGAUUCAAGUCACUUCACUCUACUCCAUCAACGACAGUUUGGUGAUGAAUUAUCGUGUGAAUCUAACUAGCAUCUCCGAAAUUUCCGCUGACAAGCGCUUAAACCAGGCAGAAUACCAUGAGCUAUGGUCAUUGUACCGUUUUCAUGACUGCGAGAACUUUGUAAAGACCGCGCACGGAAUCCAUUUAAAGGGCAAAAAUUGGUGUUUCCUAUUAGAGCGCAACUUUCAGCUCAUCGUGAACACCUUUGCGUUGUGCACGAUCUGGACAUUGGGUCUUGAGCGGUGGAAUAUUGACGACCUCAGGGUUGAACUCAAACCUCACAGCAAUUGUUUAGAGUUCUCCUUUACCCUAUGGCAUCUCGCGACGUUGUCGGCCUCCACGAUCGACCGUUUGCUAAAGAAGCACGCCUACAAUGAGGUCUGGGCGCUGUAUGAAUGCAAUCCCGCUGAUCGUAUUCGAACGUCCCUUUCCGUUCUUUUUAGCGGCCCAUUUUGGCGCGAUACUCCUGGUGCGAGAUGGCCCGAACUCCACCAGGCUUUUGCAAAAGAUGUGGCCAAUGCCUUGGGAAUACCGCGCACGGAGGUGAUGGAGACGCACAUGGAAAGAGUAAAGGAUGGGAUUCAGUUUUCCGCGCAUGUGAUGCACUCCCCGGUUCUGAACGCGCGGCUUCUACAGGGCGUUCUCGACCGCAAUGACUUUCCCGAGAUUUAUUUCAUUCACACCCAAUGUCAUCGUCCUGAUCACGUGGACUACGUCGCUUCCAAUCACCGGGUUGAUUUUGAGGCGGACCAAUGGCGAGAGGUGUUGAAAUUUUGUCGUGAGCAGGCAUUUAAUGCCCUUCGCAUUGAUGCCUCGGCGGCUUUAAACCUCGCAUUGGAGGAUGUGGAUAUUUUGUUUAUGGAUACCAUUGAGAGCAGAUUGAGUUGUGUGGUUGCGAUUACUCAUCCCGCGACGCAGACCACGCGUGAGAUUCAGGGCAAACUGAAUGAGUUUUAUUAUACCUUUAUCUGGGCGCUAUACGAGGAUGCGGUACAACCACGCGUGGAUGUUCUCAAGACUCACUUCACGAAUUCCACUCCAACGGGACUUGUGGGGCGAAUGGGGGACCAAAUGCCUUCGCAGGAUUUUAUUCAUCUCGUUCGAAACGCUUUCAUAGAGGACACUUCUAUCGCGUUGAAGUGCGCUCCAAACGAAAUUGUUAUAGACGGUAUUCAGCUUGGGAAACUUAUGGUGCAUUACCAUGUCGCUGGAGAUGAAAAGACCAGGGAAGUUGCUGUUCAUAUGAAAAAUUAUCAAUAUCCCAGUUUAAGUGCCUUGCUAAAAUCCCACGAGUUCCCGGCGAUCAACGCCCCAUCGAUGCAGAUGUCCAACUAG